AAAGCUCCAAAAGUGGACCUGAAUGUCAGUCUCCCCAAAGUUGAUGUCUCACUAGAGAAACCUGAGGUGGAUAUCAAAGUACCGAGUGUCGAUGUCACAGCAGGCAAGAUGGAAGGUGAUCUUUGUGUUGGGAAGAUGGACAUCAAAGGGCCUGAUGUCGGUCUAAAACUGCCUGAAGUGGAAAAACCAAAAUGCGAUGUAGACAUCACAAAUGUGAAAGGGAAGUUGGAUGUCGAUGUGUCCAUACCAAAACCUGAAUUUGACGUAUCACCUCCAGGAAUGUCAUUGGAUGUUAAAGCUCCAUCAACCGAUGUGGAUUUAUCUACAGUUGAUGUAGAUUUAUAUUCAGCAGAUCUAAAGGUGAAAGGUGAGGGAGCAAAGUUCAAAAUGCCAACCAUGAAAAUGCCAUCAUUUGGUAUUUCUCUUCCAAAGUUCAAAGGACCUGACGUUGAUGUGAGUGUGAGCAAGCCAGACAUUGGUAUUUCAGUUGAAAAACCAGAGAUCGAUAUUGCAGGUCCCAAAAUUGAUGUAAAAACACCAAAACUAGAAAGUGAUCUGCAGGCACCGGAUAUUGACAUUGAAGUUAAAGGGGGAAAAAUGAAACUGCCCAAAUUCAAAACUCCAAAAUUUGGAUUUUCCACUCCCGAUAUAAAAGCUCCAAAAGUAGACCUGAAUGUCAAUCUUCCCAAAGUUGAUGUCUCACAAGAGAAACCUGAGGUGGAUAUGAAAGUUCCGAGUGUCGAUGUCACAGCAGGCAAGAUGGAAGGUGAUCUUAGUCUUGGGAAGAUCGACAUCAAAGGUCCUGAUGUCAGUCCAAAACUGCCUGAAGUGGAAAAACCAAACGUCGAUGUUGAAUUGCCAAAAGUGAAAGGGAAGUUGGAUGUCGAUGUGUCCAUGCCAAAGCCUGAAAUUGAUAUUUCAGCUCCAGGAAUGUCAGUGGACAUUAACCCUCCAUCAGCUGACAUUGAUGUGUCAGCAGUUGAUGUAGAUUUAGAUUCAGCAGAUCUCAAGAUUAAAGGUGAGGGUGCAAAGUUCAAAAUGCCA